AGUUGGCUUGUUAGCUUACCUUCUUCUCUCCCUCUCUCCGAGAUAAUGCUCGCAGCUCACUUCUGCAUCCGUACAAUCGCAAUCCCUACUUCUUGGAAUCAAACAAAUGCCACUCCUCCAAUUGCCUCUGCUUCCUUCCUUUGCUCCCCAAUUCGAUGGAGUAUCCGGACGAGGCGCCGCCGUCCUCUCAAUUCCAUCCUCAUUUCCUGCAAUUCUUUCCCUGGAAGUUCCCGUCCCCGAUCCAGUCCCGGCGACGAUCCCGACCACGAGUUCCUCGAAGCUUCUCUCCUUGUUCCAGAAACUGUAUCGCACUACCGGAUGCUGAAGAAAGGAUUUCAAGAAACGAAAUGGCAGUCUUCUAGGGAAUUGCUUCCCUUUCUUCCAAAGAGGGAACCUAUGUCUGAGCUUCUGGGACCAACGUUCCUCAGGAGUUUUCAGAGUCCUACAAUCUUUCUUAAGAUUUCUUGUGAUGGAGACUUCUUGCUACCAAUUCUUGUAGGAGAUUAUGCUAUUGAAAGAAUUAUAGAGGCCUUGUGGGGAGAUGAUAGUGGGGAUUCUCCAGAUCUAUUCCAGUUUGUGACAAAUGUUGUGGAAAAGCUAGGCUAUGAAGUUAAAAUGGUGAGGAUUACUGACAGAGUGAUGAAUACUUAUUUUGCAAAAUUAUACAUUGGAAAGCCAGGGGAAAGUGAUAUUCUAAGUGUGGAUGCUCGGCCCUCAGAUGCCAUAAACUUAGCUAACAGAUGCAAGGUAUGAACUUUUAACAGCUCAGUUAUAACUUAUAACAUUAAAAAUUUCAAAUAGUAGUUACUUUGUUUGACUUGUUUCACAGAUAAUGUCAGCUUUAACUUUCAAGGUAAAAAAAAAUGUCCUGACUUGAUUUGAUUUGACUGAACUAGUUUAAUCAUUUGAGUGAAGCAUGUUAUUGUUAUGCUUAUAUCAGACUUAUCAAGUUUUCAUCUGUUAAGCGUACUCGAAAGUUAUCUUCUUUUGGACUUUAAUUAGUGAUAUGCCUUGCAGUCUGCCUCUCUUACUCCUUCUACCCCCAAGCCUUCUGCCUCCUGUUCUCUAACCUUUGCAUGCCACUUGUGUUAUAGCUUUGAUUAGCUGUUAGCUUCUCCUAAGCUCUUGUGUGAGAUUUGUCAUAUGCAGGCUCCAAUAUAUGUAAAUAAGCAAAUCGUCUUGGCAGAUGCUGUUAGAAUAGGCAGAGUGCAUGAUAGAAAGCCUUCUUAUGAUGUAUUCCUUGACAGUGCUGCAGAUGGUCCAGAUUUACUGUCUACAGAACUGGAAUUGGUUAGAAAUAUUGAGUUAGCAGUAAAGGAGGAAAGAUAUGAUGAUGCAGGUAACAACAAUACGAAUGUUAAGAGUUUGCUUAAGAUGCUGAUUUUUUCCAUCCUUAUUUUCUCCUCUCUUUUUCCUUUUUUUCCUUUAUUUUAGUUCAUUUGUUCCCUGCAACUUCUUUCAAUGCUACACUUCUCCUUUCUGUUUAUCAGUCAUGCUUUUGUUGCUCUUACAGUAUAAAAUGGACUUAUAAUU